AAUAAAAUAAAAGGUUGAGAUUCAUUUUUGAUAAAUUAAAUGAAAGGCUAGGAUUGUAUUUGGGUGGAAUCUCAAACUACACUUAUAUAGUAGUAUAGAUAUAGAUAUGAGAGGACAAUUUUCUAAAACUAAAAUGAGUAAUUAAGGUUUAAAGAUACGCCAAUUAGAAGUUAAUGACCGCAAAAGGGAUUCUGAUUAGGCUGCGCCGCGUGAACACGUGAGAUGAGAAAAGGUAGUGGGUCCCACUGAUCGGAAAUAACCGAUCCUGGCCGUUUAGAAUACAGAUCUUGGUGAGGCAAGGACGGUGCACGGUGGCGUGGACCGACUUCCCGUACUUCCCACCUCUUCUUCUGUAAUCGUCGGGUCGAAGGCAGAAGGGAACUAGUCCUUACGUUCGACCCUCGCCGAGCGCUCUCAUGUCGAUCCAAGGUCAGCUUCUCGAUGUCACAGUUGUGGGAUGCAGCAGGCUGAAGGAUACCGAAUGGAUUUCUCGCCAGGAUCCCUACGUUUGUCUGGAGUACGCUAACACCAAGUUCCGCACCCGCACAUGUACUGAUGGUGGGAAGAACCCCACCUUCCAGGAGAAGACCGUCAUACCGUUAAUCGAAGGUCUCCGCGAGAUCUCCGUCGCCGUAUGGAAUAGCAAUACCAUCACCUUUGACAGCUUCAUCGGAAGCGGCCGGAUUCAGCUGCAGAAGGUACUCUCCCAGGGCUAUGACGACUCUUCUUGGACGCUUCAGACAAAAUCCGGCAAAUUCGCCGGAGAAGUAAAGCUAAUCUUGCACUUCGCCGGCACACAUCAGCAGCAGCAACAGCACGGCCACCAACAACCCAAGCCACCGGAAUCAAACCAUCCAAUGAGCACGCCACCCCCCUACAUGCACAUGGCCCCACCUACUUCUUCAUCCUAUGCUCCGCCGCCGGCUUACCCUUCCCCGAUGAACGCGUACUCCGCCACAAAUCCAGCUUACUCAUCUACAUACCUGCCCGCCCCUUAUCCAUCUUCCACCUACCCACCGCCGGCAUACCCACCCGCCGCCUAUCCGCCCACCGCCUAUCCAUCGCAGCCAUACCCUCCUGCACCAGCAAAUCCUUACCAUGCUCCAGGACCUCACUCUGGAAUUUAUCCUCCACCGCCUUACUGAAGGAAAGGAUGCAGUUGAUACUAGUUUGGUUAGUGUGCAGAGUAGACAUGGAUUGAAGAAAUGGUUAGUUGAAAAAGAUUGUUCCACUGUGUUUGACAAGAGUUUGUCUCAGUGUUUUAACUUCUUAUUUUGGUUUUUUUUUUUUGGGAAUUUCUUAUUUUGGUUUGGUUAUUUCAAUUUCUGUGCUUUUUUGAAAAUCUAAUCCGUUGGAAUAAGACAAUUGGAUUGUGGAUC